GGUCUGUCUGCUCCAGUCCCGCGGGGCAGGAAGGGGAAGAAGAUGAAGAUCCAGUCCAGUGCUUUUGACAUCCACAAAGCCGAGUGGCUCAGGAAACACAACCCAGAGCACAUGCUGCAGGACGACGGCUACAAGAAACACCUCAAACACCACUGCAACAAGGUGCUGCUCAGGGUCAGAAUGCUCUACUACCUGAAACAGGAGGUGAUAGGAAGCCAGGCCCAGAGGGUUUUAGACGGCGUGGACUCCAGUGAUAUAAAGAUCUGGGUGCCAGACCCUGACCACUCAGAGCUGCCGGCCUUGUGGUGGGACGCCAUCGCUGACAAGUGUCUGCUGCUGGGUGUCUAUAAGCAUGGUUAUGAGAAGUACAACACUCUGCGUGCGGACCCCACUCUGUGUUACCUAGAGCGUGUGGGACGUCCAGAUGAGAAGGCCAUCGCUGCCGAACAGAGAGGCAACGACUUCAUGGACGGGGAUGUGGAUGACCCAGAGUACAAGCCUGCCCCCGCCCUGCUGAAGGACGACAUGGAGGAUGACGCCUCUUCUCCUGGAGAUCUCGUUGUCGUUGACAAUGCCGGAGAUGCAGUUCCAUUGACUGGAAGUCAGACUUCCUACUGGCCUUCCCCCUCAGUGCUGACUGCCAGGCUGAGGCGGCUGAUCACGGCCUCUCAGCGCUUCACCAAGAGCCGGCAGAUCCUCCAGAUCCACCAGACGCAGACUCCGUCUCCCUCCUCCAUGAUGCUGUCCGCUCCCCUCUGCCCGCUGCCCCCCACACUCAACGACACCCUCAACCCCAAGAUGGUCGCUAAGAUUGAACGGCAACAAAGAUGGACGAGGCGAGAAGAGGCUGACUUCUACCGUGUGGUCUCUACUUUUGGAGUCGUUUUCGACCCGAGCCUCGGCCGGUUUGACUGGAACAAGUUCAGAGCCAUGGCUCGGCUGCACAAGAAGACCGACGAGAGCCUGCAGAAAUACCUGUGUGCUUUUGCCGCCAUGUGCCGGAGGGUGUGUCGCCUGCCACCCAAAGAGGGAGACGCUGCGGUGGAGCCGUCCCUGAACAUCCAGCCCAUCACAGAGGAGCGAGCGUCUCGAACGCUUUACAGGGUGGAGCUGCUUCGCCAGGUCAGGGAACAAGUCCUUCGCCACGAGCUGUUCUACGAGCGCCUGCUGUUGUGCCAGAUGAGCUCCGACCUGCCCGUCUGGUGGGAGGCAGGAACCCACGACCGAGACCUGCUCAUCGGGGCCGCCAAGCACGGAGUCAGCCGCACAGAUUACCACAUCCUGAGGGACCCCGAGCUCAGCUUCAUGGCGGCACAGCGCAACUACAGCCAAACAAAGCCCGCUCAGCAGCAUUCACACACGCCCACCCCUCUCCUGCUGCCUCAGUGCCCGCCCAGCAGCUCCAUGUUGACGGGCUCUCCGCUGCCUCCUCCGACCCACACAGACGCAGAGCUCGGUGGGGUCGUACCCAAAGUGGAGCCGGCCUCAGAGGGGGAGGAGGGCAGGGAGGAGGGCAGGGAGGAGGGCAGGGAGAAGCAGGCGGAGAGAUGGAGCCCAACUCGAGCACCAGCGACUCCCACGGGUCUGGAGGAGAAGCCGCUGUUUGAGAUGAUCGGUGGCGAGAUGCAGAUGGUUGCAGCGCGCACCAAGCCCCUCACCCCCAACUCCUCCGAGAGGAAACCCAAGAAGGCCAAGAGGCGCCGCAGGGAGGCCAAGAGGGGCUCCGAGUCCGACUCAGGCGGCUCCUCCUCCAGCUCUUCGUCGCGCUCCUCUUCCACCUCUUCAUCCUCCUCUUCUUCCUCGUCACAUUCCGGGUCCAGCUCCUCGUCCUCUUCGUCGUCUUGCUCCUCUGGCUCCUCGUCAUCAUCGUCCUCCUCCUCGUCUUCUUCCAAUGGCAGCGACAGUGAGGGAGAGGAAGGGAAGAAGAAAGUGCCUGCAGCAGCAAUGGUGAAGGGCUUUGACGAGGACAGCGUGGCGUCUCUGAGCAUGGCGCAGGAUGAAACUCAGGAACCUCACACGGCUGAGAACGGCAUCACCAACAACUCCUCACAUCCCUUCCAGGGAGGAGGGUACAUGCUCGCUGCAUCCUACUGGCCAAAGGAUCGUGUGAUCAUCAACCGCCUGGACAGCAUCUGCCAGGCGGUGCUGAAGGGCAAGUGGCCGGGAACGCGUCGGGUGUACGAGCCCGGUGCCGUGGCCUCCUUCUACACCACCAAGCUGCUGGACAAUGCCAACAGUCUGUGCGAGGACCCCUCCGCGUCUCCACAGGGGUCAAAGGUGACCAAGCAUGUUGCAGAAAACAAGGAGUUCUCAGUAAAACUCAACGAUCAGGAGGGAGGUCUAAAGUUGACCUUCCAGAAACAAGGUCUACCUCUGAAGCGGCCCCUGGAGUCGGAGGAGGGGCCCCAGGCCCAGCAGCAGCAGUACCUGGCCCGGCUUCAGGAGCUGCAGAGCGCCUCGGACACCGGCCUGGCCGACAUCACCAAGCCUCAGUGCAGCUUCCAGAGCGUUCCUCCAGGUCUCCCUGCUCAGAUGAGGCUGAACGGAGCACCGGACGGCCAGCCGGUGGUGAAGAGGCGGAGGGGGAGGAGGAAGAACGUGGAGGGGAUGGACCUGCUCUUCAUGAACAGGAACAGAGCCCCUGCUGUUCCUGAUCAGGUGCCUCCAGGGUGGGGGGGUAUUGGUCAGGUGGCCAUGGCUGUGGCCCCGGUGCCGGGCUACAGCCAGAGCUCCAGUCAGGCGCCCGCAGACACUGACAGCCGGGUGCCCGUCAUCAACCUCAAAGAUGGCACCCGCCUGGCAGGGGAGGACGCCCCCCGGAGGAAAGACCUGGAACAGUGGCUGAUGGAGCACCCUGGCUUUGUGGCCGACACAGGAGCCUACAUCCCUGGGGUGAAUAAGAUGCAAAUGCAGUUCCACUUCCAGGACGGUCGGCCCAAACAGAAGAGGCACCGCUGCAGGAACCCAAACAAGAUCGAUGUGAACAGCCUGACCGGAGAGGAGAGGGUCCAGAUCAUCAACAGGAGGAACGCACGCAAGGUCGGUGGAGCGUUUGCUCCUCCUCUGAAGGAUCUGUGCCGGUUCCUUCAGGAGAACCCUGAGUACGGAGUCCCUCCUGAAUGGGCUGAUGUCGUCAAACAGUCGGGUUACCUCCCAGAGAGCAUGUUUGACAGGAUCCUGACGGGACCCAUCGUUCCUGAGGAGGUGAGCCGGCGUGGACGUCGACCCAAGAACCCUCUGGCUAAGGCAGCAGCAGCAGCAGCAGCAGCUUCAGCUUCAGCCCCAAACCCCGCUGCCAUGGGCCUGAACCCCCUGCUGGCCAACGGGCUGCUCUCUGGGCUGGACCUCAGCAGCCUGCAGGCCUUCCAGCAGAACCUGCAGAGCCUCCAGAGCCUGCAGCUCACCGCCGGCCUCAUGGGGCUGCCGACCGACGCCAGCAACCUGGCCGCCAGUAACCUAGCCGCCAUGUUUCCCAUGAUGCUCUCUGGUAUGGCCGGAUUGCCUAACCUGAUUGGCAUGAGCAGCCUGCUGGGGAAGCCGGCUCAGGAGGGCGCAGGAGGCUUGGAGGAGAAGACAAAGGGAAGCGGUGCAGCAGGAGAACCGUCUGCCUCCAAAGCCUCAGAGCCCAGAGGAGAAAGGACAGAGGGCUCAAACUCCACUCCUUCCUCCACUUCCAGCUCCUCUUCCUCCGCCCCACUAAGUGCUUCAGCUGCCUCUUCACUGUCUCUCAACCCCUUGUUACUCUCCAGUAUGCUUUACCCAGGGAUGCUUCUCACUCCAGGCCUUAACCCCCCCACACAGCCGCAGAGCUCUAACUCUGGCCCCCCCCUUCCUCCUGCAGGCUCUUCGCAGGAGAUCGCUCGGCUAGCGGCACAGAGGGACGCAGAGGAGGAUGACGAGGCAUUAGACGAGGAUGACGAAGAAGAAGAUGACUCAGCAGAACAGAAGGAGAACAGUGGUCCUGACGGUUCGAGGAAAGCUGAGUCAUCUUCCUCGGAGUCUGGGAGCUCCUCUUCAUCGGAUGAUUCAGACUCCAGUGAUUAGGACUGAUCCUAUGAAUAUAAUUAUAAAUUUAUUUAUGUAUCGCCUAGAAAUGUACACAUAUAUUCACAUAUAUAUGGAUUUUCCAGCACUUAUGUUGCGAUUUCUUUACAUGUAAAUACAAGAACUAACAAAAACGUUGUGUAAAAAAAGACCACAAAAACCUUUAAAAAAAAAAAACGUAAAACUGACUUAAAAAGAACUGAAAUAAAAUGUCAGUGUUUGUUCACAAGGUACAGUCUUGUUUUGAGACAUUUUGCAUGUCAGACUUUAGUAGAUUUCUGAACUCUGUGAACCUGUACCACCCGUAUGUACAAUUGCAACAAAAAAACGGCAUUAUUGUAAUUAUGUCAGGAUUUAAUUUUAUUAAAAAAGUGAAACUACAUCAACAUGCUCGUUGAGCUGUACUAUUAAUAUAUUUGGAUUGUUUGGGGCCGGGGGAACGAGACUUGACAAACACUUUUCUUGUAAAUAGUCGGUACUUUUACAGGUUCGUUGACACUUAUGCUUUGCAGAUCAUACGUUGGAUAUGUCAGCAAUAACUUGGGCAGCUAAUGAAUGUCACUGAAGCUGUAGAUUCUGUCUGCCAUGUUCCACCCAGUGCACAACUCACCUGUCAUAUCACGUCGACUUCAUUUCUGUAUUAGUCCACAUCCUUUUUGGAAACAGUUACCUGGAGCUCACUCUUUGCGCUUCACUUGAAAUCUAUGGAAGUAUUAUGUUUUCAAUCCGCUUAAAUCUGUCAAAAUGGAUCGUAAUUGAGAUUUCAGUUUUCACAUUUAAUUUGAGAAACAUGUCCCAAGGCGCACUUUAGCUUCUGACAGCAGGUGAACACGCUCACACAUGUUAAUAAUGACUUAGUGUCAGUCUAAUAAAGCUGUGGGACAGAAAACAACCUUUUUACUGUGUGCCAAAAACUGCCCUCUGACCCUCUGAGGUCCUCCUUUAGUUUCUUUUGAAAGAAUUCAGGAUGUUAUUACUACCACCCCGGCAUUUGGCUGCAUCUUACCUCAACUGUUAAAAUGGUCUGGCUUCACUGUGCAACUGUGCAUGGGUGUGUGUUAUUGCUGUCCAUGUACAGAACAUGAUGUCCUUGUUUCUGCUGGAACGUGUUUGUCAGAGGCUGUGUUUUUUUACUCAGAGCUUCCACUGUGUUUUCCCGUGGUUUCACCCCUCACCCGGUAUCUCCUGCUUCCGUCACUUCCAGUCUGAACGCUGUGUAUUAAGCGGGAAACUGCAAAGCUAUGACCAGUAAAACACGUUGACCUUCUAACCUUAGAAAUUUGGAGGACAGACCUUUUGAUUCUGUGUACUUUGGAAACAUACAAGGCACAAGCACAAAACAGUUAAAGUCCCCCGCUAAGAUUGAGUAUUAUCCUUUAGUGCCAGACGGGUCCGCUUCAGGAAGGGCUCGGUAAAAGCAGCUUGUGUUGCUGGGAGUUUGCAGCUUCUUCAUGUAUUUGUCACUUUGUCUCGGAUUGUGUUCUGCUGAUGAAUGGAGCUUCAGCUAGAUGUAGAAGUGCCCUUAUCCUGUACCUCACGCUCGCAUUCACCUCCCGUCUGACAAACACCUCUGUGCUCCACGCUUGUUUCGUCUAUCGUCGUCCCUGCACACGUUCAACCAGGAUACACAUAAACACUGGAGUUCACUCAAAGCCGAAGUACCUUUUUGUAAAUUCUCCGCUUGCUCUAGGACUGCUGUUACACAGCGGACUGUUAGACACACGUUUCAAAAACAUUUCUGAAGUGAGGCUUUUGUUCUGCCUGGGUACAACAGAGCCCCUCUGACUAACUCAGUCUGUUUAGCUCUUCAGUAUUGCUGUAGCAUCGUUCUGUAGUGGGUGAAACCACGAGCUGCCCCUCGACUCAAGACUUGUAUUAAUUUCUAAUGUUGCUUUCAAGUGAUUUCCUUGUAUGCCUGUUAUAUAUAAAUAUAUAUAUAGACCUAGUCAUGGGUUUUUGCUUGCAAUGCAAUUUGCUUUUUUUUAAUAUUAUUACUAACAGUACAGUAUUUUUCUAUGUCUGAGCAAAGAUCUUAAACACGCCACUGUCAGUUUGUAAAUCUGCACCUCUGCUUUCUUUAACUCGUAGUGCCCUUAUGCAAACACCCAGCCAUUGCUAUUCUGCUGUAGGUGAUACAUUUUCUUUUUGUUGCCCCACAGCGAUGGGUUAGCGGAUUGUUAGGACACAUAUUGGGGGUGGGGGGGNGGGGGGGGGGUAAAAGUGGUAGACAUAAGAUUGGACUGCUUAUUUUUCGCUUGUUUUAUUUUAUUUUUAGGUCGUACUGUACAAGGACUCCCGAAGCACUGCUAGUGCUCAAGAGGGGGUGUAGAAUCUGCGUUAAACACGAGUAACAAAA